UUCCUUCAGUAUUGGGAUUCACAAACACCUCCAAUGUUGGUCUCAUACGCUCCUGGGUUCUGUAACAACAUGGCUUCUCAGCAACAUGAUCCAUUUGUUGCAUCCCAGCAGGUCGCUGAGAAGGUCAUGAGGAGAGUCGAAAUUGCAAAGGUUGCUCGAAAUCUUCAAGACUGCCUGGCUUUUGCAAGUUUCAAAGCUCAACAUGGCUGGCAAGAUCGUACCCUCUCCAGCAUCGAGCCCGAAUUUGCCGACAAAUUGAAGAGAAAAAGACCGUCUCACGACGACCACCGUUCUGACGGAACUCUGGAUUCUGACGAUGACUUUGUCCCAACAUCUUCCAUUGCUACCAACCGUUUCUCCAAGCCUACCAAUGCCACCUUCAAGGUUCCUGAACACCCGUCGUUCCUGUCAAGAAAAAGAAUUCGCUCGUCUUCCAUUAACUUGGAAAGAUCUUCCCUCACCACAAGCUGGAAGCAAGACCACCACCUGGCUCAAUCUUCUCCCAUGCUAGGACGAACACAGUCAUUCCAAGGUGGUGGUAACUUCCGUCGAGACGUACUCGACCUCCCUCAUUCAUCUCAUGACGACUCUCCUAUGUUUGAUGUCACAUCUGACGACGACGAUGCCGAUCUUCCUGUGCCGUCCUUUUCUCACGAGCCUUCGAGCAGCAUUCUGUCUUCCUCCCCUCCAAGAACACCCCCUCCUGUCAGACGUAUGCACAAUGAUCGUGCAAAGAAAGCAGGUGCCGACGCCCUCAUCUUCCUCGCCAACUCCCCUUCACGUUCCCCAGCAGGCCACUCCAGCCGCCCUUAUCUUUCGAGAGAGCCACCCUCGACACCACCUUCCCAACACUCGCAUCUUCCCUCAUCUGUCAUGAACACACCAGGAUUGAAUAUGGGUCUUUUCAAUGGAGCUCUACAAACCCCUGGUCAGAAUUUUAACCUGGCCGACUUUUGUAACGUCACUCCAUCCCCUGCUCAAGCACAUUGGGGCGGAAGAACACCCAACCUAGCAAAGACCCCAAGCCGCUUUGCCAGGAGAUCAUUGAAUUUUGACAACAUGCAACCCGGCAACGGCAGUCCAACAAUGUCACGCAAAAAUCCUACGAGUCACGGUCUCGCACUUCAACUCGGAGAUGAACUGAUCCCGAGAUCCUAGCAUACAUUACGAGAACCCAAACCUACUUCUGUCGAGCAAUCGACAUGGUUAUGAAGCUUCAAAAACUCACGACACACUCACACACCUGACUUGUGUCUGACGACCUACUCGAAUGAUACGAAUAGCAUACAACGAGGUUUUGUUUUUAUUACAACGAACAGCAACGACCAGAAGGAGCACAAGGGAGAAGGAGUAUUGACUGUUUCGAGAAAAAUGGUCUUUGAGUGCCCAUCAAGGAGCAUCAUGGAGCUGGCUUCGGUGUGGGAUUGGGACAGGCAGGCUGGUAAGGAGCGUGGAAACAUGGGGCACCAACGGCCGAACUUGUCACUGUCUAUUACUGUUUGAUUAACCGUUUGCCUCUCUGCCCGCACAUCCAUUAUUGUCUGCGAGUCUGAUCACGGGUUGAACAAGGUUCAAUUGUCCCCACCAACAUUAAUUGCAGCAAGGUUACGAAAGGGAGCAUGAAUUCGGUUGCUGUUUUUGCAAGAGGUACUAGGUAGUUUACAACCCAAGAGAGCUGUAGUACAAAUAACACGAUGAACCAA